AGCGGAUGCGGCGGCGGCGCUUUUCCUCCUCCUCCUCCCGACCGGCGACGUCUGCCUCUCUCCUAUCCUAUCCCCCCCUACGUGAGGAACGUACAGAGCAGAGCAGAGCAGAGCAAAAAGGACGGCCGGGCGUCUAGUAGUUUUCGAUACUCGGGGACGCACACACAUCCAUUGACAACUGCGGGUCCGCACACCAUUUUCUCUCUCUCUCUCUCUCCACCUAAGGCAGAAGAAGAAAUUUCUACCAACUACUCCCAUCACAAUUCAAGAAGAAAUUCAAUCAGCACAACUGAAGAUCGAACAAUUUUUCCCGACAUUUUUCAACAUUUUUUUUGGGGUGGGGAACUCGAUUUGUAAAAUUCCGAAAAUUUCCCGGCCAAUGUGAAUCGCCGACAUUGGUCCACCAACGACACUCGUCUCCAGCCACUUACAACUACUCGGGGGUUUCGUGUGUUUCCGUGUGGUCAUUCGUUUGGCGUCGAGUUCUCUUUUGACCUCGCAUUUUGGCCAGCUAUGUCUACUACCUGCUGGUCGUUGGCCAGUGAUUCGCUCUUGUCAGUGUCUUGUUGAGAGUGCCGUUGCAUCAUCGCCAGUCGGAACGGAGACAAGGAAACGGGAGCCAAUUUUUUUUCCCCAAUUGUAUGUGUGUGUGUGCGUCACCACACGUCGCGGGACUAUUUGAAAACAAAAGGAAGCGCUAACAAUCGGGUUGAAACAAACCAAAAAACCCAAAAAGUCUCUUUUUUUGCUUUCUUUUUGACUCCCCCCUCCCCUCCUCGUAUACGCCAGUGCGUGUUUGUGUGUGUGUGUGUGUGUGAGAGUGUGCAUCAGUGUGCCUGUGUGCCUGUGUGUGAGUGAGAGAGUGUUGGCGUCCGGUUGAGAGUGUGUAAACGUUGGGCAGUGGUGGCGAAACGGCGAUCGCGGAUGUCGAGGACAGCCAGCCAGUCUCGCCAGCGGUGAUAUAUAUACAGCACAAAGUCAGCUGUCGACACUACUGCUGCCUGUCGACGUCAUCGUCCUCCUCCUCCUCCUUGCGGCAAAAGAAGAAGAAGCGAAUCUUUUUGGCCACCGCCCGUACCCCCUGUACCCAGAGAUCCAACGACGACGAGUACCAACUGAAUUACAACAACCCACAACCGUCGGUUGUAAUCAACACCUCCAACGAGUCCAGCCAAGGCACACAGCACAGCAGCCACAUUGUCUCGCCUGAAGGAUUGGAGCUUACCGAAAAUGGGUUGCGCCAUGUCGGCUGAGGAGAGGGCGGCCGUUGCCCGUUCCAAACUCAUCGAAAAGAACCUCAAAGAAGAUGGCAUCCAAGCGGCCAAAGAUAUCAAACUCUUGCUACUCGGUGCUGGCGAGUCCGGUAAAAGUACCAUCGUCAAACAGAUGAAAAUCAUUCACGAGAGCGGCUUCACAUCGGAUGAUUUCAAACAAUAUCGACCGGUGGUCUACAGCAACACCAUUCAGUCGCUGGUGGCCAUCCUGAGAGCCAUGCCCAAUCUGGGCAUCUCCUUCGUCAACAACGAGAGAGAGCCCGACGCCAAGAUGGUGAUGGACGUCAUCUCGCGCAUGGAGGACACCGAGCCCUUCUCCGAAGAACUGCUGGCAGCCAUGAAACGACUGUGGAUCGAUUCCGGAGUCCAAGAAUGCUUCGGUCGAUCUAAUGAAUACCAACUCAACGAUUCCGCUAAAUACUUUUUAGACGAUUUGGACCGAUUGGGAGCCAAGGAUUACCAGCCGACUGAACAGGAUAUUCUGCGAACGCGAGUCAAAACUACCGGCAUCGUCGAAGUCCACUUUUCAUUCAAAAACCUCAAUUUCAAAUUGUUCGACGUCGGAGGGCAGCGCUCCGAGCGGAAGAAGUGGAUCCAUUGCUUCGAGGACGUGACGGCCAUCAUCUUUUGCGUGGCCAUGUCCGAGUACGAUCAAGUGCUACAUGAAGACGAGACCACCAACCGAAUGCAAGAGAGUUUGAAACUGUUUGAUUCGAUUUGCAACAACAAAUGGUUCACGGACACGUCCAUCAUCCUCUUCCUCAACAAAAAGGAUCUCUUUGAAGAGAAAAUCAAAAAAUCUCCUCUGACCAUCUGCUUCCCAGAGUACACAGGUGCGCAAGAGUACGGCGAAGCGGCGGCCUACAUCCAGGCCCAGUUCGAAGCCAAGAACAAAUCAACGACCAAGGAGAUCUACUGCCACAUGACGUGCGCCACGGACACGACCAACAUCCAGUUCGUGUUCGACGCCGUCACCGACGUCAUCAUCGCCAACAAUCUACGAGGAUGCGGCCUCUACUGAGCUCUGCCAGCCCCCCAAACUUUAUACAUUGAACUUUUUAAAAAUUCAUCAUCCACUUUUAUUCCCCCCUUUGAUUUUGUAUUCUUCACUUUGGGUUCAAAUUCGAAGAAAUUUCGUUUUCUCUCUCUCUUAAUUUUGGGGUGGGAUUAACAAUUGUGUGGGGAAAUUUCCCUCCUCGUCCAGCCCCACCUCUUUUUGCUCCCGGCCGGAACAAAAAACGGAAACAGGAAAAUCGCGCGCACACACCAAAAUGACGUCAUCGCACAGUAAAAUAAUCCCAGACUGAAAAAAUAUAGUGAACCGUUUUCUUACCAAAAGCGCAACAAGAAAAGAGCAGCUCAUCUCUCCCGACUCUUGUCGACUGUCAUUUUUUUUGGGUUUCUAAAUUAUUCCUUUCUGCCUGUUGUUUGUUUCUUUUUUCUUCUAUCUCUCUCUCUCUCUCUUGCCCACUCAAAAACACUCCCGCGUUCGGAAGGGAAAAAAUCUUCCUUCCUUGUCUGAACCGGAUGUCGUCGGCUCACGUCGUUUACGUCAAUCGCGUCAUCAUCAGACCCAACUGUUCUCCCUGUCUCAAAAAAGCGCACGCUAGUCAAUGCCCCACCCACUGCCCCAACAGCCUCUCUCUCUCCACAUAUAAAAGAAGAGAUGAAAGUCGACGACAGCCGCUCCCGCACACGAGGAGAAUUGCACAAAAGAGAGAGAGAGAAUUCACGGGAAGAUGAAUCGAUUUAACAAAAAGGGGCGGGCGGGGGGAACUUAUUAUUAUGAUUAUGUAAAAGACGAAAUAACUCUCCCACAAUGUCGAGAGGCCAGCAGCCAAGUCCCCUGAAAAAAUAAGAGGAAGCAAAAAAAAAUGCGCGCGUGCUGUGUGUGUGUGUGUGUAAAGGAGAUGACAUUCCAAUCUUUGAUUUCAAAGCUCUUUUUGAUUUCUCUCCGCACGCUUUUUUGCAAAUUUCUUUUGUUAUCUCGUCGUGUCCCUUUUUUUAAUUUUCGAACGCACCGGCGUCACCGAGACGAGAGAGACUGAACGAAACCGACGGAAGGAAGAACAAAUUUAAUUCGUUUACCUUUUGAUAUUUCGAGAGAGUCGUCGUUUUGCUGUGCCAUUUUCUAAAAAAAAGAAAAACAGAAUGUCGACAUCAAAAGAAAUCCAAAAUGUCAAAGAGAAUUCGAGAGAGAGAGAGAAAUUAGCCCGAACAAAUAACUAGAAAGAAAAGACUCACGGUGCAAUUUCGAUUUGUUUUAUGUAUCGACGUUCUUUUGAUCUAUUGAACAAAAAAGCGUCGCCGUAGCGCAAUUUGAAAAUGUCGUUUUUACUUUGAUCGGGAAAUGGCUGAAAAAGUUUGUUUUUCAAAUUUCCCCCUCGGGACCGAUACGCCAUCAAUUUUCCCUAUCGAAUCGGUCGGUCUCUCUCUCUCGACGUCGUUAUUUGACAAUGUCGAUAAGAAUGGCAACCUUUUUUUUCUUUUCUGGAAUACGGGCAUUUGUUUGAUUGGUUCUAGUCAAUUUCAGUGGCAUCACGUCGGCAUCAACUAACCCCAGGGAGGAUUUAAGAAGAAAGAAAAAAAGGGCAAUUGAAUAUUUCGAGACGUGCGUAACAAAAAGGAAUGGGAAACUUUUUCUUACUUUCUUACCGCGGACAUGACCAAUGAGGAUUGUCACGUCCGUUUCUGUAUAAUCAUCCAUCUACCCUCGUCUCUUCUAUUGCUCGCCGUUUUUCCUCAUCGUCGUUAUUGUGCCCAUCAAAGUCGCUGUAAAACAACUUGCCUCUCUCUCUUUCACCUUGUGUUUUUCUUCUCUUAGCUGGACGUUACAGCACACGCUGCACUUAUUUGAUUUCUUGUGUGUGUGUCUCUCGUUUGCCAAUUUGUCCAACAUUUUCGUUCAAUUUGUUUGUUUCCUUGGCCGUUUGCGCGCAAAACGUGGCUCUUUUGUUUCCUCUCAUUUCCUUCUUUGCUUCAAGAGCGGGAUACUAAAAAAAAAAAAAAAUAAGAAAUUACUAAAUAGAUUUGGCAAGGGUCCAAACCUCUCCAGAGUGAGAGAGAGAGAGACAAAAAACAAAAAUUAAUUUACACAAAAAACCGCACACCCAAAAACCCAGCGGAUAUAUAACUAUAAUGUUGCUGCUGCUGCCAUCCCGACACACACUUUGUUAUUUCAUUUUUUUUUUUUUACCCUCCUGUCUCUCCUUCCUGUUUCUGUUUUUUUUUUUAUAGUUAGAAAAAGCUAAACACCCGGGCUAAUCUAAUAUCCUUCUUGGGCGGAAAACGGGGAAUUUCUCGGAUGAAUUAGAUUUUACCUUUUUUAUUUCAUUUUCUUUUGGUUUUUUGUUGUUCGCUCGCUCUCCAGCACGCUCGUAUAUUUGUUCUUUAUAUAUGUGGAUUCCAUCGUUCCAUUCGAUACAAUCAAUAUGUUUAGAUUUGAGAAAAAGAAGAUAGGGGCGAAACAAGAAAUUUUUUCUUUUUUUUUAAUUUUCCUGCUGGGCUUGGGGGAAAGAAAAAAAUCUGUUUAAUAACAAGAGCGAAAAGAGAAAAAAACUUUCAGAGCUUUUGAUUUUUAAAAUGACAUGAAAAAAAAAAGCUUUGAUUAGACGAGAGACACCUUCACUUUCGAUACCCAAAACCGUCGUGCGUGUGUGUGUGUGUUUGUUAUUAUACUCUAUUAUAAUCCCCAAUGAUGUUCUUCUCCUUUCUUCUUCAUUCUUCUCCUUCCACGGCGUUUCAACGCGCCCAAUCUACGUAGCUACUUUGAUAGCGCUUAUUAUUUGACACGAAAGAAGAAAAGAUAUAAACCGAAAACUAAACUAAAAAAAACAAAAACAAAAACAAAAAAAACAACUAAAAAAUACGCAAAAAAACAACAAAAACAAACAAACAAACAAAACAAUGAUCGUUAUAUACAUAAUUAUAUAUAUUUCGCCUGGCGAUGAUGCCGCUGCACCCCUCCACCACACCACACCUUGUUUUUUUCCCGCGCGGCUUUUCGAUUCGAACUCAAUUCCCGACCGAAACGUAAAAGAAAACAAGGCAACAACAAGCAUCCAAUCUCCAAAAUGAUAAUCUUAACCAAUUUUGAGGAAUAGAAAUUAAAAAAAAGAAUAAAAAAAGGCGCACAAAAAUUGAUCACAAACAACACCUGGACAAAAAGUUGGUGUGAAAUUCAACUCGAGUCAAGGUGCAACAUAUUUCGGCUCUCUCUCUCUCUCUUCGUAAAUCAUCGUCCGCAUUCAAAGCAAUUGGCAAGGCACAAGAAAAUGUUUUUUUUUUUUCGUUUCUAAUUAUUUCCCCGUGUGUUAUUUUUUUCUUUUUGGAAAAGAAAAAUUACCAACCAAACUAAACAUUUGGAUUUUGAUAACUUUGUAGAUGCUUUUGUGCGUUUAUAAUUGUAUGAUAGCCGCUAGAGGUUAUUACUGUCGAGUUGCGGGAGGGGGUUAUUUGAAAAGCGGUUGGAAGUCAAAAAGUCAAACUGGGAAUCAGUAACACCUCAAUUUUUAGGGGGGAGAGGGGUAACUGGAGAAAUGCUUAAAUGACCAUUGCGACAUUCUCUCCGUCGUCAUUUUAUUCAAACAAGACCUUCCUCAUUUUUCUUUCCCCCUUAUCUCUUUGAAUUGGCCCAUUUUCCUUCUCUGUUGUCUCCAUACACUUUCUCUCUCUGUCCUCAUUUUCCUUUAAAUGUAUCCGUUGUCAUGUAAUCGCCAUAAAACCUUCCCAGCUAUCACUUUGCGACUCGGAGAUUGAUUCUAAUCAAAUCAAAAUCAUCUCACCUAGUCAAAAUUUUUUUUUAAAUCUUUUGAUCUUAUUUCUUUUACCACGCCCACCUCCCUUGUUUGAGAUCGUGAGACAAUAUAAAAUAUGAGAAGUAAAAAAAGAAAAAAACUAAACUAAAAUCGCUGAUAUAUAAUUCGAAAUUGAAUUGUUAGGCUUUGAAUACCCGGCUCCUUUUUUUUUUUUUAAUUAAGCCCCUCAACCUCCUUGAUAGGAAACGAUUAAAAUUCGAUUUUUCAAUGUGUCCAGACUCGCGUGUCAAGUGAUGAUGAUUUUUAUUGUAUCAUGUAGAAGCGCUUUCUUCGAUUCCCUUUUGCGUUUGAAAAUGUAUCAUUGCUGGACGACGACAUCAAAGAUAGCAGAAGAAAAACAAAAAUUGCACACAAGAUUUAAUCCUAUAACCGACAAAUUUCAAAAAAACAAACAAAAAAACCAAAAUGUUCGUUCGGGACUACUAUUCCUUCCGUACUCUGUUGCGUUAAAUAGGCUGUGCGUGUAUUGCUCUAAUUUUCCAGAUUAGUUAUUUCAUCCCCGCCAAUUUCCCAAAUCGCCAAUCAAAUCAACAAAAUUGUCAUGCAGCCCUCCUUAAUUAAAUUAGCUCGCCGAAUUUUUUCCCAUUUCCUUCAUUUUUCCUCUCAACUGAUUUAUUAUUAUUAUGACAACCUCUAAUAUCAACAGCAGUUGGCCAAAUCUUCUUCUUCCCUAUUACCCAACAACAAAAAUAGGCGGGAAACCCCUCAAAAUUCGAAUUGAUUCCCUCUCUUUCUCUCGCUCUCGUAAGUAUAUUCCUUUCGAUCGUUUUGAUUUUUCUUUUUUUUUUUCAGUAUAUAUAUAUACAUUGGUUAUCCCAAAAAAUAUAUAUAUCGGCUUGAAUUUAAUUGAGGUUGUCCCCCCCUCUUCUCGGCUCUAUCUUGCGUUCAUUUCCUUGUGAUUCUCCUUCCUUCCUCACACUCUCAUUCGUCUGGUUUGUUUCGUUUUUUCCUGCAUCGCCUCUCAGUUUGUUUCAUUUCAUUCAAUCGAGAAAAACAAAACAACCAAUACCCAAAAAUGGUAAAAGAAAAACACCUCUUCAACAUAUAUUCUUCAGUUGGUUAUUAUUAUUAUUCAUCUUUAUAUAUGAUUUGUGGGUUUCGAUCUGAACAACAACAAGUUUAUGUUGGUGUAUUCUGUACAUGGCGAAACAACAAAGUUUUAAUGUAAUUCCAAAAAACUC